AUUAACGGUUUACGACCCCACCAUUUGUCGCCAUGGGAAAGUCUUCAAAGGAUAAGCGUGAUGCUUACUAUAGAUUGGCAAAGGAGCAGGGAUGGAGAGCUCGUAGCGCCUACAAGCUACUGCAGCUGGACGAGGAAUUCAAUCUCUUCGAAGGUGUUACGAGAGUGGUCGAUCUUUGCGCAGCACCGGGCAGCUGGAGUCAGGUCCUCUCGAGAGUAUUGAUCAAAGGCGAAAAGUUUGGCCGCGCAGGGCUGGAGCACAAGCAAAGCAGAGAAAAUGCAAUCAUCUAUAAUCCCGAACAAGCCAAUAACGAAAGCGAUCCUCUUUCAAAGCCUGCCCCGCGCACAGAUGUGAAGAUUGUUUCAAUCGAUCUUCAACCCAUGUCCCCGCUAGAGGGCAUUACAACUCUUCGUGCAGAUAUUACACACCCUUCCACGAUCCCUCUUUUGCUGCGGGCACUAGAUCCCGAGACCUACGACCCCGCUUCUUCUUCUGGAUCUCAUCCUGUGGAUUUGGUUAUUUCCGAUGGAGCGCCCGAUGUUACAGGAUUGCAUGAUCUCGAUAUUUACGUGCAGAGUCAGCUGCUGUGGGCGGCACUGAAUCUUGCAUUGUGUGUCUUGAAACCAGGAGGGAAAUUUGUUGCCAAGAUUUUCAGAGGCAAGGACGUGGAUGUCCUGUUCGCCCAGCUCAAGACAGUGUUCCGCUCUGUCAAGGUGGGCAAGCCGAGGAGUAGCAGAGCUAGCAGUGUAGAAGCCUUUGUGGUCUGCGAGGGUUUCUGUCCUCCCGAGGGCUUCAAGGCAAGCCUCGAGAACCCAUUGGGCACGGAGAAGACGCUAUCUUCAAAAGCUGCUGAGGAAAUUGAGAAGGAGCCGAGAGGUCAGGCAAGGACACUCAGACCUGACGGGAUCACGGAGUUGGACCUGGGCUCAGAUGCGCAGGAGGACAAUCGAUGGGUUGCUCCAUUUUUAGCUUGUGGCGAUUUGUCCGCGUAUGAUGCCGAUGCUACGUAUCAUUUGCCAGAGGGAUGGCAAAGCUUGGAUCCAGUGCAGCCUCCUACAGCACCUCCAUACAAGAAAGCGCUGGAAAUGAGGCGAGCAGCCGGCGGAGCGUACGGCAAGACGACCAAGGGGUGAAACCAGUCUUCAAAAAUGAAUAAUGUCAUUCGCGUUUGAUGAUCGAUUAACUUCCGUCAUGAGCAUUCAACAAACACUCUGCGACAUACAACGCCAGAGUGGGGGAUGAUUGUGCAUCUAUUUGAUGGCGCUCAUUGAGGUUACUCUGCCGAAGUUGCAAUAUAGUUGCUGCUAUAUCUCCUCAUGUGCGUGGCGUAUAUUUCGCGGCAAAGGAGUCUCGGGGAACGGAUCAAAGACUUUCUACAGUGGCAUGAUCGAAGUCCCUUGGAAAUACACCAGAUCGUGUGUGCGCUCUACCAAAAAUCGCACGAGAACUGGAUGUCUUUGAAAACGAUCUAAAGAUUGUGUAUAAUUUUCUUUGAACAAAAAGCUUCCUGCAGCAACAUAUGCCUGCACGCUCUGAUAUUAGCAUGUAGAUAUCCGUAACGCCUUAGAACAAACGAUCUAAUGUACAUAUAUACAACAUA